AUGGCAGCAAAUAGACUGCAGAGAUAUGCACAUUUUCUGAGUGGCUUCAAUUUUGAUAUCAAGCAUGUGUCAUCCAUUCAAAAUGUAGCUGACUUCUUAAGCAGAAUGCCGAUUGAAGAUGACAUGUCUGUGCAACUGAUCGACUUCCCCAUUCAUUUAAAUUAUCUCACUAAUUCCGAUUCUAGUAUACCAGUCGAUGUUAACAAGGUCAGAGAACUUACAUCCUCAGAUUCAGUACUUUCUGAGGUACUCAAUUUUGUUAAAAAGGGGUGGCCUGCAAGUCAUAAAAGUAAUGAAUUGAAACCUUAG